AUGGCGCGGAUAACAGACAUGAUGAAAUUGAAGCCAUUGACGUCAUCAAUAGAAACCCUAGGCCACCGAUUCCUACAACAAUGUUCCGUCAGUGGAACGGCUAAAGGAAAAGGGAAGGUGAAGGCUGGGGUAACCCUAAAGAGAUCGAAAAUCACUAUAAAGAAAGGUCAACAAGCACCAGAUCCGUCGGCGACGAAAGGUCCAAGGAAAGGCCAACUUGAACAAAUGAUUGACGAUUGCUUGCAGGCAAAAGCGCCGGUGAGGUUUCUGAAGCCUAAGGAACGAGAGAGAGAAGCUGAGAGGGAGAAAAUGGGAUUGAUUUCUGAAGAUAGGAAACAAGAGAUUGCGAGCUUUAAGAAAAACAAGAGUAAGGUAAAAGAUGAUGACCAGAAAUCGAAAUCGGGGUUUAUCGGACCGGAAGGUUUGGAUCUUGUAACGUUAGGGCUUGUUGACGCUGAUAAGAUUCCUAAAUACGAGUUGACGGUUGAGGAUGGGAGGAAGUUAGCCAAGGAGUAUAGUAGGGUUUUGAUGAGGAAGCAUCGAGCGAGGCAGGCUGCGGAGACAGGGCUGUUGAAGUGUAAGAAGGAGGCUAUAGAGGCGUUGCCGGAAGGUUUGAGGGAGGCGGCACUGGUGCCGGAUAUGGCUCCUUUCCCGGUGAAUAGAGGCAGAGUUCAGUUAAGGGGAAGCUCAGAUGAGGGGAAAGGUGCCAGGUGGUGGUAUAUCUGUAUGCUGUUUCUUGGUUUUCUGCAGUUUUGCCCAUUCAUCAAUUGGUUUCCUUUUGUUUUGUUUUGUUUUGUUUUGUUAUAUCCUUUGGUUAGACUAGAAAUAGAACCAGAUGAUGCUGAAAGAAACCACCAUUCCUUUCAAUAA